AUGUCCAGCCCGAAACGUGAUAGUGAGCCCGCAGUGUCCCGGCCUAGUUCUAGCGUUCUUCUUAUAUCUUCAAAGAACGAGGUCCUUCUUCUUCAUCGCGUGAAGACCUCUACCUCUUUUGCAUCUGCACAUGUCUUUCCCGGUGGCAACCUAUCCAACCAAGAUGGGGAAUGCCCACCACCCGGAGACCUAGCACGGCAUGAAGAUUCCCCUAGUUACCGACGUGCAGCCAUCAGGGAACUUUUUGAAGAGAGUGGAAUUCUUCUAGCUAAAGACCGCAGCUCCGGGAAGAUGCUUGCCGUCGACGAACCUACCCGAGAGGCCGGCAGACGACUCAUUCAUCAGAACAAGACCACUUUUGAUGAGUGGCUGAAGCAUCAAAGCGCUGAUGCUGAGCCCGAUAUAGGCCAAUUAAUCCCCUUUACUCGCUGGGUUACGCCAACCAAUAUCCCUAAGCGAUACACUACUCAGAUGUAUCUGUAUUUCUUGCCUUUACCCGUCAACGUGGAUAAGAAGAUCCUCGACCAACUCCCAGCAGAAGGCGAACACGAGGAGCAUCAAAUCCCAACGAGUGAUGGUGGAAUCGAGGUUACGGAGGCACAGUUUCUUCCCGCCUCGGAAUGGGUUAGUCGUGCUCAAAAGGCUGAAAUUAUUCUAUUCCCGCCGCAGUUCCUUCUUUUACAUUUGGUGUCAGGAUUCCUGGACAGAGAGCCUCGUGCAGAUGCUUCUGUGGAAGAAAUGGAGAAGCGUCGUCAAGCGCUUGUCGAGUUCGUUCAUUCUGGCUCUCCUCCAUGGACAGAGAAGUGCAUAUCCCCAAAAUCUAUUCUCAUGACCAGUGAUGGGCGAUCUGUGUUGGGUCUGAAUGAACCCGGACAUGAGCUGAAAUGGUCUUCUAAGCGAGGAGAGUCCGAGAGAGUGGUUCUUGUGCGGUUCAAAAAAGGAAGUGCACGAGAGGUGGCUGUUGGAUGGAAGAAGGAUGUGUUGGAGAAAGAGAGGGAAAAGAGUAAUCUGUAA